GGGUGUUGGUGGAACAGCAGUUGUAGUAGCUGUUGAUGGUGUUCCUGUUCGUACCGGAGGUGGUGUUUCUGUAGAUGGUGUUUCAGCAGUAACAGCAGUAGUAAUUUCAGGCGAUAUGGGUGUUGGUGGAACAGCAGUUGUAGUAGCUGUUGAUGGCGUUUCUGUUCCUAUGGGAGGUGGUGUUUCUGUGGAUGGUGUUUCAGCAGUAACAGCAGUAGUAAUUUCAGGUGAUAUGGGUGUUGGUGGAACAGCAGUUGUAGUAGCUGUUGAUGGUGUUUCUGUUCCUAUGGGAGGUGGUGUUUCUGUAGAUGGUGUUUCAGCAGUAACAGCAGUAGUAAUUUCAGGUGAUAUAGGUGUUGGUGGAACAGCUGUUGUAGUAGCUGUUGAUGGCGUUUCUGUUCCUAUGGGAGGUGGUGUUUCUGUAGAUGGUGUUUCUGUGGAUGGUGUUUCAGCAGUAACAGCAGUGGUAAUUUCAGGUGAUAUAGGUGUUGGUGGAACAGCAGUUGUAGUAGCUGUUGAUGGUGUUCCUGUUCGUACUGGAGGUGGUGUUUCUGUAGAUGGUGUUUCAGCAGUAACAGCAGUAGUAAUUUCAGGUGAUAUGGGUGUUGGUGGAACAGCAGUUGUAGUAGCUGUUGAUGGCGUUUCUGUUCCUAUGGGAGGUGGUGUUUCUGUGGAUGGUGUUUCAGCAGUAACAGCAGUAGUAAUUUCAGGUGAUAUGGGUGUUGGUGGAACAGCAGUUGUAGUAGCUGUUGAUGGUGUUUCUGUUCCUAUGGGAGGUGGUGUUUCUGUGAAUGGUGUUUCAGCAGUAACAGCAGUAGUAAUUUCAGGUGAAAUAGGUGUUGGUGGAACAGCAGUUGUAGUAGCUGUUGAUGGCGUUUCUGUUCCUAUGGGAGGUGGUGUUUCUGUGGAUGGUGUUUCAGCAGUAACAGCAGUAGUUAUUUCAGGUGAUGUGGGUGUCGGUGGAACAGCAGUUGUAGUAGCUGUUGAUGGUGUUCCUGUUCCUAUGGGAGGUGGUGUUUCUGUAGAUGGUGUUUCAGCAGUACCAGCAGUGGUAAUUUCAGGUGAUACAGGUGUUGGUGGAACAGCAGUUGUAGUAGCUGUUGAUGGUGUUCCUGUUCGUACUGGAGGUGGUGUUUCUGUAGAUGGUGUUUCAGCAGUAACAGCAGUAGUAAUUUCAGGAGAUAUAGGUGUUGGUGGAACAGCAGUUGUAGUAGCUGUUGAUGGUGUUUCUGUUCCUAUGGGAGGUGGUGUUUCUGUGAAUGGUGUUUCAGCAGUGGUGUUUCUGUGGAUGGUGUUUCAGCAGUAA